AUGACACAACUUGGAAACUCGUUUGAUUUCUUCACAUCAGCACGGGACUCACUGACCCCUGACCCCGAGGAAUUCUUGAAUAUGCCCCAUGCGCCGGUCGCAAACAUGGGUGGCGAAGCCGCCGUGCAACGAGAAAGCUCUACCAUGCCUGGCAGCAACGGCGAACUGCUCCCCGAAGACUUUGAGCGCUUUGAUCGGGAGCAAGAACAACGAGACCACAAUGAUUCCGACUACACUCCGGGUGGGUCUAAACGAGCAGCUGACAGCAUAGAGGAAUCCCACUCGAAGCGUACAAGCCUGAACGAGGACAGCACACUUGUCAGCAAGCUCACAGCUAAGAACCGAAAGCCCGCACUCUUCGCAAAUUUCAGGUUUGGGGCGAAGAUCACACAUGAUGGCCGACCUACGCCCACAGUCCAGUUUAUUCUGAAAGCUCUCGAGCUCCUGAGCAAACACAACCAUACCCCACCCCCGCUUGACUGGAGCAAGGCAUUACUCGAGAAGGUGGCACAGCUCGCAAAGUGCACACAAAAGAUCAGUGAAGAAGUCUUGCAAGAUGCGAUCGAGAAUAUCAUGGCUGGCACACAUGGACCGAUGACGGCUAGCGACGUCAAAGUUAUAAUUGGUGUCUUGUCGAGGCCUAACCAUUCUCGUGACCGAUCACCAACCCUCAUGAGAUCGGACGCCAUUAAAGUCGUUCCUGGUGGCGAUGAUUCGGACGAAGACGAUGAAGGUCAAACGCCAAUUCAUGGCAGGAACACGGCCGACAGGUUGCUUUUUGCUCACCAGGAUGAAAGCCAAGAUCAGCAAAGUGCGCCAUUCAUGCCAGCGUAA